CAGAGCGCAGCAUUGUUCUGGUUGGAAAAACUGGAGUCAGCAAAAGUGCAACAGGAAACACCAUUUUAGGGAAGAAAGCUUUUGAUUCUAGUCUCUCUCUUUCUUCUGUGACAUCAGUCUGUGAGAAGGAAACCAGUGAGUUUGUUGGUCUAAAGUUGGAUGUUAUUGAUACUCCAGGUCUGUUUGGAACAGAUAAAAGUAAUGAAGAGGUUGUGAAAGAGAUCACUAAAUGCAUCAGCCUGGCGGCUCCUGGUUCUCAUGUGUUCCUGAUUGUUCUCCAACCGAAUAGAUUCACAGCAGAAGAAGCAAGAUCUAUGGACAUAAUCCAGAAAACGUUUGGAGAAGAAGCAGCCAAAUACACCAUGGUCCUGGUUACUCAUGGAGAUGUGCUGAGAGAAAAAUGUCUUUGACAACAAUGUUGAAGAUUCUGCUCAAGUGAGGAGACUGGUGCAGAAGAUCAACAGAAUGGUUCAGGAAAAUGGAAGGAGUUACUACACCAGUGAAAUGUUUGAAAAGGCACAGAGAGCUAAGCAAGAAGAAAUGGAACGACUGAUCAGAGAAAAUCCAAACAUUACUCCUGAAAACGCAAAAAGACAGGCAGAGAGAGACAACUCAUUUAUUAGUGCAGCUCUAGCUGCUGCUAAAGCUGCUGCUGGAGGUUUAGUGGGAACAUUGAUUGGAACUGCAUUAGUAGUGAAAGAGAUGGCCUGCAUUAUACAGUGAUGAUAUGUAUGAUCUUUUAGACACAGGUUAUUAAUCCCUGAUUAACAUGUUAAAGCUGUAUGGACCUUACCACAGGGGCCGCGUUUCAUUGGCUAUUGCCAAUUUUACGUCACAGCGCAGCUACCACGUGCGUGACCGUCUCACAAACACAAGCUACAGUAGUAGACACAUGCUAACACAUGCUAAUGUACAUUGUGGACUAGCAGACCGGCAGAAAGUUUUUGCGUCAGGACUUAAAAAAGAAUGGUUCUCCACUGUCAGUGGGGAAUCUGUACAGGCGAUGUCAGGUAUCCUGAUCGUAUCUAUGGAACUAAAAUUCACAGAUUUCCAAAAUCUGAAACGGAAAGCCUUGCUUGGAUCAAAGCUUGUGCACCACCGCAUUUGCAGCUCAACCGUCUUAAGAUCAAUAAGAACAAAGGAAUGUGUGCUGGUGUAAAUAUUACUGAUUUGUGUUUAGUGAAUGAAAAAAAGAAAGUCAAUAAUAAACACAUUCAUUGUUAUUAAUUCUUCAAGUACUUCAAUGACUCAUGUCUAUGCUUUUAUUUUGAAGUGGUUCCCUUUAUUGGAAGGAGGUUUGUUCCGUUUAUUUCUUCUUCUUGACGUUCAGUUGAUCUGUUUGUUGUUUACUGUUGAGACUGGUGCCGCAGUCAUUGACGAUAAACUGCUUCAAUUUAUUUGCACCGUCCUGUCAGUAAUUCUUCAGUAAACCAUUUAAACACCCUGAUGACCAGCCUGCUUUCUGACCGAAGCCCUAUCGUGAUCAGUUAAGAAAAUCCAGCAACAGAGGUCAAAUCCUCAACAAAUGGUCCUUCGAGCCGGAUAAUUGACUGCGAUAGAAUGUCAUCAGAGGAAAACACAACAACCCACCCUCAUACUGAUGUACGAGAGUUACAUACAAGGCAGCACCGUACACCCAAGCAUCUAGAGGAGUACAUCCUUGCCUACAACCCUCCUAGGCCUGCUCUGUCCUCCCACCUCGACCACAAAGAGCACAAGGAGCAGAUAAGAGCAGCGGCCACAGCAGGCAGUGGACAAGCGGAUGGAACCUUUCAUCUUGGACCAAGCAGAGCCUCACGUAGCUCUACCCCUGGCGACCUACUGAGCACCACGUCACUCAGACAACUCGUUGAAUCCAUUUCCAGGACUGAGGAGGAAGAAAAGGUGGAAAUGGCUGAAAUCACUCAAAAACUAUGUCAGUAUGAACAUCGACAACGUCGUCGCCAAGAUCUACUGGAACACAUCACAUCAUUCCUACAGGAGGAAGAAGAGAAUGAGGAGACUCACAAAACUGAAGGUGCCACACCCACUCAAGUACGAGCACAAUCCUCACUCAACACCCUCACCUGUGUCCACUCUCCAUGGCCCUCAACUCCGGCAGAAAGGCAGGUUCACCACAUGGAGGCAUACACUGAGAGAGACAUAACUACAAAUAUGAACUUCACACCAGAAGGAAAAGCUGAGCCGAGAAAUUACAAUCCUGGAGUCGUAAGAGAGGGAGCAAACUCUGCAUUCAUCCCAAUACGUUCAACCUCUCCAAAGCACACAAGCUCCUCUCAUCCCAGCAUCUCAACUGGUCAAUUGACGCCAAUCUCAAAUUUACAACAGCCCAUAAGGCCAACUCCCCUUCAAACCCAUGUAACAAGGCUAUAUUGUAGCAAAGAUGAAACCAGCUCCAGACACCAACAGCAGCUGUUAACAACCACAGCCCUUCAUUACCUGCCAACAGCCCCAUAUCCCAGGCCACAAGCAAUGAUGAACUAUCCUCCACCUCAGUCUCCUGCAAUUCAUGGACAACCCCAAUAUACACCCAUGCCAUCAUCUGCAAUGCCACCACAGGUAUUGCCCUUUGCCCCGAUGUUGACUGAAAUUUCCCCAACCUUUCAGGCACAGUUCCCAGCAAAUCAGAGCACAGCUCCGCACAACUUUAGUCUGCAACCACGCCCUAUAUAUGGCGUACCCACACCCAAAAUCCCUGAUUUCAUAACUGAUAAUGAAAGGGAGUUUGCUAACUUAAAACUAGCAUUGGAUAACCUGCUGGAACCCUAUCCAGAUUUGAGCGAAAAAUAUAAAUACCAUGUGCUACUCGAACACCUCAAACUCCCAGAGGCUCAAAUGAUCGGCCAGUCAUGCAGACAUGAUCCAUUCCCAUAUUCAGCAACCAUGCAUGCACUACAGCUUCAGUAUGGUCAGCCCCACCAGUUAGCGCAAGCCGAAAUAGCAGCUAUUGUAACUGCACCUGCUGUGAAGUCAGGAGAUGCACAAGCAUUUCAGAGCUUUGCUCUCAGAGUUCAUCUCCUUGUCAGUAUGCUGCUCUCCCUAGAGGGACCUCAGGGGAUGGAACUCAACUGUUGCUCCCAUGUUGAUCACUUACUCAGUAAACUACCCAGAUAUUAUAGAGAUGGGUUCAUUGAAUAUCUCCAGCUGCAUGGAAAGCUCAACACCAAGAGUCUUAACCCCUAUAACCUACAAGACCUAAAUGGUUGGCUCCAAGGUAAAGCGCAGCAGCAGCGUCUGUCAAACAGACUAGUACAACGCUAUCAACUGGAGAAACCUGCUAACAAUGGCAAAGAAAAAAUCCCUUAUAAGGGCAAAGGACAAAGUGUAGCUGUGUAUCAUGGAGCGGAUCCCAUUCAGCCAAACAGCUGUAACAAACCCGCAUCAUCUAGUGUUAAGAAACCCUAUAAAGUACACUGCCUCUUCUGUGACAGCACAGAACAUUACAUCAGUCGCUGUCCCACCAUUAAAGUGCAAUCAACAGCAGAGUUGGACAAGUGGAUAACAGAAGGCAAACGCUGCUGGAAAUGUGCACGUGCUCACACACCUGAGUCUUGCAACCUCAAGAAACCUUGCAGCGACUGUGGUGACAUCCAUCUCCAAGUGCUCCAUGGCAUCGCUCAGCAUAGCUCCUCUCAUCGACAACCUAAACCCUCAGAGAGCCGAGUUUAUUUGACACCCAGCACAAACUCUAGCAAAGUGCUCCUGAAAGUGGUUCCAGUUCUGCUGCAUAACAAAUCUAAUUCAGUAGAAACCUUUGCUGUAUUAGAUGAUGGAGCACAACGGACUAUGAUCUUACCAACAGCUGUCCAGCAGCUCAGGCUAAAUGGUGCAUUGGAAACCCUCGCCCUACGCACAGUGCGGACAGAUGUCACACACCUCCAAGGGUCAAAGGUUAGCUUUGAGAUCUCCUCCAAAGACAACCCACAGAAGCGGUUUAAAGUACAGGGAGCCUUUACAGCAGCGGGUCUGGACCUGGUGGAACAAACCUACCCCAUACAGACACUUCAAAAACGAUAUUCCCACCUGCGGGGAAUACCCCUGAAGUCAUUCAACAACGUACAGCCAUUAGUGUUACUUGGCUCAGAUCAUGUGCACCUCAUUACUCCUAUAGAACCAAUCCGCAAAGGAUCUAAAGGAGGUCCCAUAGCCAUUCACACUACCCUUGGAUGGGCCCUCCAAGGAGCAGAAAAGGGUGUGUCAGACCAAGCAUUAGUGCAACAAUGCUUGUUCACCUCAUUCGUCAGCCCAGAAGACCUUCUAUAUCGAAACGUCGAAAGGUUAUGGCAACUUGAUGUCCUACCUUUCCGAAAUGAAAAAAUAGUCGUCCGCUCACGAGAGGACCAAGAGGCCAUGAAUCUUCUGGAAACAAAAACACAGAGACUCAAAAUUGAAGGAAUAUGCCGUUAUGCAACACCCCUCCUGAGGAAACCUGGUGCACCUACACUCAGCAGUUCUAUACACUCAGUGAUUGCUCAUCUGAGAGCCACAGAGAAGCGACUGAAGAAAGAACCAGAGAGAGCAACAAUCUACUUAACAGAGAUAAACAAGCUCAUAAAUGCAGGGUAUGUCAAAAGACUUCAACCGAUGGAGGUGGAACAGUCUGCAGAAGCUUGGUACCUCCCCCAUCAUCUGGUGCUCCACAACAAUAAACCACGCCUAGUCUUCAACUGUUCAUUUCGCCACCAAAAUAUCUCUCUAAAUGACCAGCUCUUACCUGGGCCGAAACUGGGUCCAUCAUUAGUGGGAGUCCUUAUCCGAUUCAGGCAGCAUCAGAUUGCAGUGAGCGGUGACAUUCGUGCAAUGUUUCAUCAAAUCCAUCUCCUGCCAGAGGACAGAUCACUCCUUCGGUUCAUCUGGAGAGAUCUGCACUGCGAAGAUCCACCAGAAGUGUACGAAUGGCAAGUACUACCAUUUGGCACAACAAGUAGCCCAUGUUGUGCCAUCUUCGCCCUACAACAACAUGCUCGUAAUCACCAAGAUAACCAACCGGAAGUACUGCAGUCGGUGCAGCAGAGCUUCUAUGUUGAUAACUGCCUUGAGAGUUUUCCCACCAUCUCUACAGCUAGAGAAAGAGUUGAUCAAUUGCGCACUGUAUUAGCAGAAGGGGGAUUCGACCUCAGACAGUGGGCCAGCAAUCAACCAGCAGUAGUAGCCCAUCUACCUGCUGACGCCAGAUCUUCAGCUACAGAACAGUGGUUAAGCCAGAACCGUACAGACCCACUUGAACCCACCUUAGGUCUGAGAUGGAACUGUGCUGCUGACACCCUUGGCUAUCAAUAUCGAAUCAUUGAACAUUCUACACUGACAAUGAGGAAAGCCUACCAAGUGUUAGCCAGUCAAUAUGAUCCUCUGGGGUUUAUGGUGCCUUUCACAACCCGCGCCAAAGUGAUAAUCCAGCAACUCUGGUCCAAGCAAAGGGGUUGGGAUGACCCCGACCUACCUCCUACCCUCCGAGAAGAAUGGGAAACCUGGGAGAGCGAGCUAAAACAUCUCAACAGUGUAUCCAUCCCUCGCUGUUAUUUACCACUCUCUGAUAAAGGUACAGAUGCAAAGUGUGACCUUCACAUAUUUUGUGAUGCCUCAGAGCGAGCAUAUGGAGCAGUAGCUUACCUGACAUUUGAUGCAGGAGACACCAUCCACACAUCCUUUGUGAUGGCCAGGUCCAGGGUUUCUCCGAAACGGCAACAGUCCAUACCCCGCCUAGAACUCUGCGCAGCACUAGCUGGAGCGCAAUUGUCCAAACUCUUACAAACUGAGAUGACGCUCCCCAUCCGACAAACAGUUCUUUGGUCUGACUCCACCACAGUAUUGGAGUGGAUUCAGUCAGAGUCCUGCCGUUAUAAGGUGUUUGUCGGAACACGUGUGUCAGAAAUACAAGAACUAACUGAGCGUCAAGCUUGGCGGUACGUUGACAGCCCAAACAAUCCUGCAGAUGAUAUAACAAGAGCCGUAGAGCCCAACAACAUCAUCCCUGAUGCUACCCAAUACAACUCAUGGAAAGAACUAGUGGGAGCCAUACAACAAGAUCAUGGGGCGGCAACAGAACCAGUCGAUAAACACAUUAUUAGCCCCCGAGAUGCAGAAGUCUUAUUGCUGAGAGGAUGCCAAGCACAUAGCUUCCCAAGAGAAGUAACUGCUCUUAAAGCACAGAAACCUUUACCAAGUAACAGUAAUCUGCUCAGCCUUGCUCCAGAGUGGGAUGCAGCAAUAGGUCUCAUCCGUGUGGGCGGAAGGCUACGCAGAUUGGAGAACCCAAACAUUAUAGAGAUCCACCCAAUUGUGCUCGACCCAAGGCACCCAGCAGUAAAACUUCUCAUUAAAGACAUGGAUGAACACUUAAAACAUCCAGGCACGGAACGAGUCUAUGCUGAAUUAAGGAGACAUUACUGGAUCUUGCGGGGACGACAGGCAAUCCGACACCACCAACUCAACUGCCCCACCUGUCAACGCUGGAGAGCUCAACCAAAGGUGCCGCAGAUGGCAGAUCUGCCUCCACAACGUCUCAGGCUUCUCUGUCCACCCUUCUAUUCGACUGGCGUGGACUGCUUUGGACCUUUCCUGGUGAAGAUAGACGAGGUUGACCAAAGGAGGUGUCAUCAGACUGUGGCACUAACUUCCGAGGUGCCGAAAGAGAACUGA